GUUGCAAGAACUCGUGCCCUGUGUGAUGACAGAGGUGUACAAAAAUUCAAAGGGAUGGAUAGGGCUGUCCGACACUUUGAAGCUGGAGAUGUGCAAGACAUACAAAUACCACAGCUUAAAACCGGGCUUCUCUAAACUUCAGCGAGGACACAGACUGGACGGGAAACUGAUCCAGACAUUCACAGAAGUCAGUUUCUUGGACUGUGUGACGGAAUGUAUGGUGACACCUCGGUGUAAAUCUGUCAACUAUUUCAAAGGGGCUAAUUACUGUGAAAUCAAUUACGAAAAAAAGACGACAGCAGAGACAAGGUACAUGGACAGUGCUGGAUGGGUGUAUAGUGAAAAGGAGCAUUGGCCAAAGGAACUGGCCGGAUCUUGCUCAAACUCAACAUGUGAAAUCAACGAGACAUGUAAACACAAGAGAUAUUCUGAGGAUAAAUUCUUUGAAUGUGUUUUGUCAGAUUGCGGAAUUCCCGAUAAAAAAGGAAUAAAUUUGAGUUCAAUAAAACGUGAGGACGCCAUCGGUCUACACAGGAGAAUACACGCCUCAUGUGCUGACGGAUACUCCCAGUCUGGUUCAGGACGGCUGAUCUGUCAGUCAAACGGAGAGUGGAAAUACGACAUUGUCUGUGAAGAUAUUAAUGAAUGCCUGGACGAUCCAUGUGACAACGGAGGGACAUGCAGUAACAAGGAUGGAUCUUUCAAGUGUACAUGCGCAGGUGGAUUCACAGGGACACUCUGUAAUGAAGUUCCGCUAGGUAUUGCAUUGGAAAAACAUGCCGAACAGUCAUCAACAUAUAAGUCCUAUGGGGCUGAAUAUGCAGUAGACGGCAACAGAGGUACAUACCUUCACCAAGACAAGUGUGCACACACAGGGGGUGGCGACACCAAUCCCUGGUGGAGGGUGGAUCUACUGACUGUGUAUACCAUCAAAUCUGUCAGAAUACUCAACAGAGGAAUAGACCAUGACAAUAAAGAUUAUUCAAACCGGCUGCGGGAUGUUACCGUCACUGUAGGGCUGACUGAAUCAGACGUCAAUACUCCUUGUGAUUUCUUUGCUGGUCCCGGUACUGCGUCACAGCUGGUCGUCAUCAACUGUUUGACGUCACCACAAGGGAGAUUCGUAAAGAUAUCCCAGACAUCUGAGUAUCUCACUCUUUGUGAAGUUGACGUGUUCGGUGUAUCCGUAUAAUUAUCAUUAUUAUUUAUGUUUCAAAGCACACACCUGUCAUUGUUUUCACUAUAUGCAUGUAACAUUAUAGAGGUAAAAGAAAAAUCUAAAAAAUCAGUUUGUAUUUCUGUUGACAAGAUGUUCGGAGGAAAUAUUAUUUGCUACCUAUCACAUCAGCUCACACCAAACAAAAGGCACAUGAUAUGGCACUUUCUCAAACUAUCUAACUACAAACCUCAAAACGACGUGUUUCUGUUUGUGUGUAAACAGACGGCACACUCCAAAAAAGCUGCUUUCCUGCGUCAAAAGAAGUAGUCCCUAUAGAAAUUAUCUUUUAACAAAAUACAGGAAAUAUCCUUCUCAGAGAGGUACAAUUUAUAUUUUUUUUAAUAAGAUCUAAAAAUUCAGUCAAGUAAAAAAAUAAUUCUGAAGUAUAUAUGACUUUACCAUUGAGUUCAUUUAUUGGUGGACUAUCGGUGUGAUACCGUAUACUUAAUGUUACCGUAUAUUUCUAUAAUUUGCGCAUCCUGAAUAAUGUGGCAUUGCACCAUUAAAUGCGACUGUUAGUAUCGCGUCAGAUUAAAUCGUUCUAGUUGUGCAAAUUCUUACUCAUAUUGACAAAUAUUUUUUAAAAGUUGCUCAUUGUAUUUCCUUUCUUUUAGUUUUUUUUAAUUUCUAAUAGUCCAUACAGUAUAUAUUUAAACUGUGUACCUUUAUAUUUUAUACACCGUUUGAGAAAAAAAAAUUCUAAUUAGCGUGUGGCAUAUGUGCAAUAACAUUUUGUUUUAUAACUAUGUAGUCAGUAAGGUGGUAUGGGACAUCUGUUGAUAUUGAUGUAGAUUAAAGUACAUUAUAUUUACAAUACUUUACCGGUUUAGAAUUUUCAAAUUGUACAAUAUUUUAUCAAAAAGUAGCUUUUGAAAAUAUUAGAUGUAAAUAACAGAGGUAAAAAAUCUUAAACCCACAGCGGGAUUCGAACUCAUGAUUUACAGAUUCGUACUAAACCAUCUUACCAACUGCGCUACGCUGUUAGGUGACAAUAUUUGGAAAGAAACUACUUAUAUAAUUACACUUCAUUUUAUAAUUAAUUUCGAUAAACGCGACAUGGAGGUGUCCCAUACCACCUUAAUUAAAAAAAAAAAUGUUGUUUUUUGUUUAUCUUUCAAACAGAACAGUAGAGAGAAAUUUUUA